AUGUCAAACUCUGAACAUCAAUCCACUUCUGAGUCUAGGUCCUCCUUAGAGCAAACCAUAGAUGACCUAGCAAAAAGUGUCUGUAAUUUAAUUGAUAGGGUUGAUCAAAUUGAAGCAUCUCAAAGAGAGACCGUUAACCAUGAAGGAGGUAACCGGCUUAGGCAAAGUCACCACGGUUACUUUCAUAGGGUUCCAAACUUUGAACAUGAUCACUAUAAUCACAAUGACCCUAGGGAUUAUGAUGAUAGAAUGUUCAAGGAAAAUAUAGAGGCACCCACCUUUGACGGCUGCCUGGACCUAUGGGUUUUCACUGAUUGGUUACGUCAGAUGGAUAAAUUCUUUGACUACUACCAUUGGGCUGAGAAUAAGAAAGUGAGGUAUGCUAGGAUGAAGUUAGUUGGAAGAGCCGACCUUUUCUGGGAGGACCUUGAGGAUAGCAUUAGGCGACGACAUGAGCCCCCCAUUACUGAUUGGCUUGAGAUGAAGGGUGCACUCUCAAGGAAUUAUCUUCCUUCAACUUAUAGGAGCUCCCUCCUUGAGGAAUGGGAUCGCCUAAGGCAAGGCACUGCUCCUGUGACUGAGUGUAUAGAAAAGUUCAAGGAGUUCAAGAGGCGAAUUCGAAUAGUCGAGGAAGAGGUUGUCACACUCAAUAGGUUUAAGAAAGGUUUAAAUGCUAACCUACUGGGCGAGAUUAUCACCCGUGGAGUCACUACCUUAAGUGAAGCAUAUGACCUCGCUAGGAAUUGUGAAUUAGCAUCUAAAUCUAUCUUUUGGCGACGUUCUGAGUCCCGAAGUGUUCCCACCAACCCUCAACCUUUUGGUAGCAAACCUAGACUUGCCUUACCCCCUAAAGUCAACCCCAAUAGCACCCCAUUAGAAAAAGAGGACAAGGGAAAAGGUGUGGUCAAUGAGCCUUCAAGAUUAGGAUCUCGCCUCCAAUGCUUCAAAUGCAAUGGGGUUGGACACAUCGCUGCUAGAUGUCCCUCUAGGACCCUUGUCAUUCAAGAGGGUGAUGAAAAGGUAGAAGAUGUUGAGGAGCUAGUGUAUGAUCCGAAUGUUGAAGAAACCCAAGAUGUUGAAGCGGAAUGGGAAGAUGAUCCUAGCUAUCUCGCAUGCAUUAAAGCCAUUUCUCCCCAAGUUGAUGAUUCCAAGAACUUUGGUGUCCCUAGAGUGAAUGUGGUAAGGUGUGCCUUGGCAGAGCAAAGAGACGCUGAAGAUUGGCUAAGGAGUGCCAUCUUUCAAACUUACACUAAGUGUGGAGACAAAACUUGCAAAGUUAUCAUAGAUAGUGGAAGUUGCAUUAAUGCAGUGUCUUCUAACGUUGUUUCCCGCCUAGGCUUGAAAUUGACCCCACACCCCAACCCAUAUAAAGUUUCUUGGGUGGAUACUUCCUCCAUAGCCAUAAAAGAAAGAUGUGUUGUCCCACUUCAAUUCCUCACCUACAAGGCUGAAAUAUGGUGUGACGUGAUUCCCAUGGAUGUAGGGCAUAUCAUCUUAGGUAGACCUUGGCUGUAUGAUCUAGAUGUCACCCUUCAUGGGCGAUCCAAUUCUUGCUCAUUUAUGUUUGAAGGUAAGAAGAUUGUGCUCACUCCUUUGAAACCCAAGCCAAUUGGCAUGAGCAAGAAGACAGAGGCACCAAAGGCGAAAGGCUUGAACAUCAUAAGUCCGAGGGCAUUUGAAAGGGUAGCAAUUCAAGAGUCCAUUGUGUUUGUCUUAGUUGCCAGGGAACUACGUGGAGAGACCAGUGAGGAGCAACCUGAAGAAGUGAGGUUAGUGCUCCAGGAAUUUGAGGACGUUUUCCCUGAGGAACUCCCCGAUCAUUUACCACCCAUGCGUGACAUACAACACGCCAUAGAUUUUGUGCCCGGAGCGGCCCUACCUAACUUGCCUCAUUAUAGGAUGAGCCCUGUAGAGCAUGCCGAGUUGCAAAGGCAAGUAGAAGAACUACUUAGGAAGGGUUUUGUCCGUGAAAGCAUGAGUCCUUGUGCGGUCCCUGCACUCUUAACUCCAAAAAAAGAUGGAACUUGGCGGAUGUGUGUUGAUAGUCGUGCCAUCAACAAGAUCACUGUGAAAUAUCGAUUUCCUAUCCCCCGGUUGGAUGACAUGUUAGAUAUGAUGGCUGGAGCAAUAAUCUUCUCUAAGAUAGACUUAAAAAGCGGCUAUCAUCAAAUUAGGGUUCAUUCGGGUGAUGAGUGGAAAACUGCCUUCAAGACGAAGGAUGGGUUAUAUGAGUGGAUGGUGAUGCCUUUUGGAUUGUCCAAUGCUCCUAGUACCUUUAUGAGAGUGAUGACUCAAGUGCUCAAGCCUUUUAUGGGGAAAUUCUUGGUUGUGUACUUUGAUGACAUCCUCAUCUAUAGUAAGUCUAGGGAACAACACUUAGACCACCUAACUCAAGUUUGUACUACCCUUAGGAAGGAGAGUCUAUAUGGCAACCUCAAGAAGUGUUCUUUCUUCACUAAUAGAGUCGUCUUCCUAGGUUUCAUAGUGUCCUCUGAGGGAGUUUCUGCCGACCCCCAAAAGAUUCAAGCGAUUGUGGAGUGGCCCGAGCCCAAAAAUAUCCAUGAAAUUCGAAGCUUUCAUGGGCUCGCUUCCUUUUAUCGCCGAUUCAUCAAGGGGUUUAGUACCCUUAUGUCCCUCAUCACUGACUGCAUGAAACAAGGGGAGUUUGUUUGGACUAAAGCUGCUGCUAAAGCUUUCAAUGAGGUAAAGCAAAAGAUGACUGAGGCACCUGUCAUGCGUCUCCCUGAUUUUACCAAGCCUUUUGAGGUGGAAUGUGAUGCCUCAGCUUUGCGCUAUCUCCAUUCCCAAAAGAAGCUAAAUUUUAGGCACGGUAGUUGGGUUGAAUUUUUGCAGCGCUACCACUUUGUAGUGAAGCAUAGGGCGGGAAUUGAGAAUAAGGCUGCUGAUGCACUAAGUCGAAGGGUGUCUUUGUUAUCCAUCAUGAGUGUUAAGGUUACUGGGUUUGAACGACUCAAGGAUGAUUAUGAGUCAUGCCCCGAUUUUGGGGACCUCUACACUAGCCUCAGGAAUGCCCCAUGA